GACUACCUCUCGCCCAGCCUCUUACGAGGCAAUCGAUCCUGCUCUGGACGCUGCUUCCCUGCGCAAACGCGAUCGUCCAAUGCUCGAGUGAAGUCGAAUACUUGACCACUCACCAAGUCUGGCACGCACUGCACCAUCAACUCUUCGAGCCAUGCUCUGGAAUCGACGAGGGCUCCUAGCCCAUCUAUCCGGUCUUGCUCUCUUUGCGACGACGACAACAAAUGGCGCGGCAAUCGAUGCGCAACAGCCUCUCGCGCCUCCCCAGGGCGUAGUGCCAACGACCGUCUCCACGCCCUUCUUCGCCGAACUCGAGCGCCUUGCCCGCCUUGUCGACAUCAGUUACUGUAUCGGGAAUACGGGCGUCAGUGCACCCUUCCAAUGCGUUUCCCGUUGUAACGAGUUCCCCACGGUCUCGCUCGUCACGACAUGGAAUACGGGUCUACUUAUGAGCGACAGCUGCGGCUACGUAGCCAUCGAUGACGGGGAGCGGAGGAACGACACGAGCCCUGAUGAAAGAGACGAUCUGGGGGAGAGGGCAAUCAUUGUAGCCUUUCGUGGAACGUAUAGCAUCACCAAUACGGUGGUGGACCUCAGCACAACACCGCAAAAGUACACAUCAUACCCUUCACCAGACCAUGGAGGCGGCGAGCCGCCGGAGAAACCGUCGCAUGAGUGCACAAACUGCACUGUGCAUUCGGGCUUCCUGCAGUCAUGGAAGACGACGCGAGAGGAGGUGAUCCCACAGCUGAUCAGUCUGAGGGAGCAGCAUGCCGAUUACCCAGUCCACUUGGUCGGGCACAGCCUGGGCGGCGCGGUUGCCUGUCUGGCCGCGCUGGAGCUCAAGGUCUCCCUGGGCUGGGAUGAUGUGGUUGUCACAACGUUCGGUGAGCCUCGAGUCGGCAACGCUCGCUUCGCUCGGUUUGUGGACGAAGUGUUUGCUCUCAACGGCAAAGAAGAGGAAGAAGAAGACCUCGAGAAGCGAUCCUAUCGCCGCGUGACACACGUGAAUGAUCCGGUGCCCCUUCUUCCACUGGACGAAUGGGGCUACGAACAACACGCCGGGGAGGUUUUCAUCUCCAAGGGGUCACUGGCGCCGUCGGAAACAGAUGUCCACAGCUGCGUUGGGUACAAUGAUCCGAGCUGCAGCGCUGGCGCGGACAGUUAUGCGCGCUACAAGCUGUGGCAGUUGUUCUUCUCGCACCGCGACUACUUCUGGCGUCUAGGCCUAUGUGUCCCCGGCGGCGACCCAGCGAACUGGGGAAGACUGCCAUAUGAGUACGACAAUGAGCUAUGAUGAUGCAAGGAUGGCGUUGGUGUUUCUAUACCCUGGUUAGAAUUCUUAAUACAGUAGUGAAUAUUUCAGAUCUACGAGUCACCAAGUUAUCUGGCAAACAUCUUUUUACUUGCCGACAGGUCUGUCAUGUCGGCCAGGUCAAAGUGCACAUUAAGACAUACAUUACGCCAACCAUCCGUCAACCUCGCACUUAAUAACUGCCACAUGCUCCUGUUCCGUGUCUUUUGCAGGAUUAAUGAGAUAUUGCCACAGUCAUUUCUGGGCUCCUCGGAGAUAGGUUUAGAAGUUGCGCUGGUUAGUUGGCAUCCAGCAACUGCAGACUACGUAGCGCGUAGGGUAACCAGCCCAGUCAUGAAUCACAGAC